AUGAUCGAUUUUUCCGUACAUGAUGUGAAACUGGACACUCGAAUUACCCGAAAUAUACGGAUAAAGGCCCCGCUGGUCUCGUCGCCGAUGGAUACAGUCACAGAAAGCGGAAUGGCUAUCGUGAUGGCGCUCUAUGGUGGUAUGGGAAUCAUCCACGGCAAUUUUCCGAAACCAGAAGAUCAAGCAGCCGAAGUGCUCAAAGUCAAGCGUUUCAAGCAGGGAUUCGUGAUGCAACCGCAUUGUCUGAAACCGGAUGCGAGUCUCUGGGAUAUGUUGCAAAUCAAGAAGAACUAUGGUUAUACGGGUGCUCCAGUUACUGAAACGGGCAAAGUGGGAUCGAAACUCAUAGGAAUGAUCACCUCACGAGACUUUGAUUUUAUCGAUGUCGAUGUUGAGGUUCAAAAACGAACGCCAAUCACCGAUAUUAUGGUAGAUGUCAGUAAACUUGUGCUUGGCGAUGAAUCAUUAACGAUGGAAAAAGCACAGAAAAUGCUCAAGGAUCACAGGCUAGGCAAACUUCCUAUUGUCAACGAGAAGGGCGAACUGAUAGCCUUACUGUGUCGAUCCGAUCUCUUGAAAGCAAGAGACUAUCCGAUGGCAUCCUACGAUUCGAAAGGUCAGUUGCUCUGUGGGGCUGCCGUAAACACCCGAGAGACAUCCAGGCAGACGUUGGACAUGUUAGUGGAAGCUGGAGCAGACGUUAUUGUGAUUGACUCGUCGAAUGGUUCUUCAACAUAUCAAAUUGAAAUGCUCAAGUACAUCAAGAAGACAUAUCCCUCAGUUGAUGUGGUGGCAGGAAAUGUGGUCACUCGUGCUCAGGCCAAAUUGCUCAUCGAUGCCGGAGCUGAUGCUCUACGAGUUGGUAUGGGCAGUGGUUCAAUCUGUAUCACUCAAGAUAUUAUGGCUGUUGGCAGAGCUCAGGGCUCUGCGGUGUAUGCUGUUUCGCAGUACGCAAAAACUCGUGGUAUUCCGGUGUUGGCCGAUGGAGGAAUUCGUGACGUCGGCUACAUCACGAAGGCAGUGGCACUGGGAGCAAGUGCGGUAAUGAUGGGUGGCCUGCUGGCAGCUACUACUGAGGCUCCCGGUGAAUACUUCUGGGGUCCUGGUGGUGUUCGUGUGAAGAAAUACCGCGGAAUGGGCUCGCUGGAUGCAAUGGAAGCGCAUGCUUCUAGCCAAGAUCGCUAUUUCACUGCGGAUUCGGAUCAAAUCAAAGUGGCGCAGGGUGUGUCAGCGACAAUGAAGGAUCGCGGAUCAUGCCAUAAGUUCCUACCGUAUCUCGUGCGCGGAGUUCAGCACGGUUUUCAGGAUAUCGGUGUUCGAUCACUGGAGGAGUUACAUGAAAAAGUGGCCGCAGGGAAGGUACGGUUCGAACAACGCUCUCCAAACGCGCAGCUAGAGGGUGGUGUACAUUCGCUCCAUUCGUGA